UUUUAUUCCACUCACCCCGUCCUCUUUUACGGUUCCCCACAUACGUUUCUAUUACUUCACCUUUGUGACUAGCUUGGGUUGACACUGAAUCUUAUGCUUAAUGGUUUUUCCCUUACUCUGUACAUUUCGCUCGUUCGUGAGACAUCGUAUCGAUCCUUCGGCCCGGGAAUGACUAGCUUUGAUUGAUCGAUUGUCAGCCUUUCUGCAUAGCCUGUGUACAUGCCCUAAUUUGAAUCAUGUCAUUGAGUUGCACACACAGACGUUUGGUGGCCGGUUGGGCGUGCGGCGUGAACAUUGUUUUUUACCCGGUCGUUCGUGUUCUCACUACCGUUAGUGGGUGGAAGCAAUCGUGGGGUUCCGACACAACAGUUUCUCUGGCGACGAGAAGUGGUGAACCAUGUCGGUUUCGUUCGAGCAAUUGCAGACUUUACUUCAACAGCAACAAUUGCAAUUUGAGAAAUCGCAAAGGCAGCUGAUCGAAUUGCUCACACAGAAAUUGAACCUUCAGACAGAACCCCCGACGACGACGACGACGACUGCACGAUCAUCAGUGGACGCCCUUACUGCAUCAAUCACAGAAUUUGUGUUCGAUGGAUUGAGUGGUGUAACCUUCGAUUCAUGGUUUAAGAAGUAUGAGGAUAUUUUUCGAGUGGAGUUUGCUGACCAAGAUGAUGCCUGGAAAGUUCGAUUGUUGUUGAGAAAACUUGGAGCAGUGGAGCAUGAACGCUACACAAAUUUCGUGUUGCCGAAAAACGCAAGGGACUUCAGCUUUGAUGAGACCGUGAGAACUUUGACGCAGAUCUUCAGUGAGCAAGCCUCUUUGUUCAGCAUUCGGUACAAUUGUUUGAAGUUGGUCAAACGCGAUGUCCAUGACUUUGUCACUCAUGCUGGGAUUGUGAACCGCGAAUGUGAACGAUUCAAACUGGGCACGAUGACUGCGGAUCAAUUUAAGAGUCUUAUUUUUGUGUGCAGUCUCCAGUCCCCCGCUGAUGCCGAUAUUCGCACACGAAUUUUACACAAGCUUGAACAGGAACCACAACUGACGUUGCAGGAUAUCACUACAGAAUGCCAGCGGCUGAUUAAUUUGAAGCACGAUACAAAAAUGGUUGAAACUGCUGAUCACAAAACUGAACCCCAAAUUUGUCGUACAGCUAUCCGACGUAAAGGAAUGAAUCGAACUGGAUCAACUCCGAAGCCCCCGACCGCAUGCUGGAAUUGUGGCGCCUGGCAUUUUGUGAGAGAUUGCACAUAUAAAACGCACCAAUGUCAGAAGUGCAGACGGAUUGGCCAUAAGGAAACCCACUGCCGAGUUGUGAACAAUUUCAGACGUUCUUUUCCCCCAAAAAUGCGCGUAAAUCCCAAUUUUAGAAGAGCCAAUUUUCACGGACCGGCCGCAAAGAUAAUCCUCGCCGCCUUUCGCACAGAACUUGCACGCAAGAGAAAGUACGUGUCAGUAAAAGUCAAUGGUGUCCCUAUCACGUUGCAGCUGGAUACAGCGUCCGACAUUACAAUCAUCUCGAGAUCAGUCUGGAAGAGGCUUGGGAGACCAGCAUUCAAACGCACAACCCUGACGGCUAAAAAUGCAUCUGGGGGACCACUGAGAUUAGAUGGUGAGAUUGAGUGCGAAAUCAGCUUCAAUGGCUUGAAUCUUCGUGGCACGAUUUACUUGGUUACGAGCAGUGACGUAAAUCUGCUCGGCAUCGAUUGGAUCGAGAAGCUGCAUCUACUCGACGUACCACUGAGUCACAUUUGUUCUGAGAAUAAUGUCGCGGUGCUUCAUACAGCCGUAUCGAAUCAGCCGGGUCAAAGUAUUGCAGAACUGCUUCAAUCGAAGUAUGCAUGUGUAUUUCAAUCAGAGCUUGGACAUUGCACGAAAAUGCAGGCAAAGCUUACCCUGCUUCCUGAGGCAAAGCCAGUGUUCCGACCCAGACGUCCAGUCCCUCACGCAUCCCAAGCACUCGUGGAGCAUGAGCUUGAUCGCUUACAGCAGGCCGGAGUGAUCGAGCAAGUCAGUUUCUCACAAUGGGCGGCGCCUAUCGUUGUGAUCAGAAAACCGAAUGGCUCAAUUCGUUUGUGUGCAGAUUUUUCAACCGGCUUGAAUGCUGCAUUAGAACCCCAUCAGUACCCGCUUCCACUCCCAGACGACGUGUUUGCAAAGCUGAAUGGAGGCAAGUACUUUGCUACUCUGGAUCUGGCAGACGCUUAUUUGCAACUGCAGGUCGAACCGGAAAGCAGAAAGCUGCUAACAAUCAACACGCAUCGCGGCCUUUACCAGUAUAAUCGUUUGCCAUUUGGAGUAAAAACUGCACCUGCAAUCUUUCAACAAGUUAUGGACGCUAUGUUGACUGGCUUGACGGGAGCAGCAGCCUAUCUAGAUGAUAUCAUCAUAAUGGGCGGAACCCAGGAGGAAUUGUUUCAACGACUGGAUGACGUGAUGAUGAGAAUUAAGGAAUAUGGAUUCCGGUUGCGAGCUGACAAAUGCAAAUUUUUCCUGAAAUCCAUCAAGUUCCUGGGUUUCGUGAUUGAUGAGAACGGUCGACGGCCUGAUCCUGAAAAUAUCGAGGCCAUAGACAGAUUACCGGCACCAAAGGAUGUCACAACCUUGCGCUCAUUCCUUGGGAUGGUGAGUCAUUAUAGUGAGUUCCUACCUUGCAUGCAUCGAUUACGUCAUCCUUUAAACCAAUUGUUGAUGAAAGAUGUUGAAUGGAACUGGUCCGCACAGUGUCAAGAAGCUUUUGACAAACUCAAAUCUCUGCUGAAAUCAGAUUUGCUCCUUACGCAUUACAAUCCGAAGCAGGAGAUUGUCGUGGCUACGGAUGCUUCGAGUUAUGGAAUUGGUGCUGUCAUCUCACAUCGCUUUCCAGACGGGUCCGAAAAGGCUGUGGCACAUGUGGCACGAGCGCUGACCGCAUCUGAAAAGAACUACAGUCAAAUUGAGAAGGAGGCGUUGGCUAUCAUCUUUGCCGUACAGAGAUUUCACAAGAUGAUAUAUGGCAGAAGAUUCACGCUGGUGACUGAUCACAAACCGCUUUUGGCAAUCUUUGGAUCUAAGAAAGGCAUUCCGACAUAUACAGCCAGUCGACUUCAGCGCUGGGCAACUCUGCUCCUGGGGUAUGAUUUUGGCAUGCGGUAUUUGUCCACUGAUUCUAUUGGACAAGCGGACGCCCUGUCCAGACUGAUCAAUACCGGUAGACGCGAUCAAGAAGACGCAGUCAUUGCAUCCAUUGCAGCCGAAUCGGACGUCAGCUACAUGAUACAAGACGCAGUGUGUAACUUGCCAGUGAAUGGUUUAAUGGUUGCGCAAGCCACUAAACAGGACGCUGUGCUACAAGAAGUAUUAACCUAUACAAGAAGUGGAUGGCCAAAGAAGUGUCCGAACGAAGCUUUGACCCAGUUUUUCACAAGGCGAGGCGCAUUGUCGGAAGUUGAUUCCUGUCUGUUUUUCGCAGAUCGCAUAGUCAUCCCAGAAGUGCUCAGACAGCGCAUACUAAGAGAGCUGCACAAGGGCCAUCCAGGAAUCGCCCGCAUGAAGGCACUCGCUCGCAGCUACGUCUUUUGGCCGAUGAUGGACAGCCAAAUUGAGGAUAUCGGUCGAUCCUGUUCCAGAUGCAUCAGUGCAUCCAAACUGCCGGUGCGUGUGCCAUUGCAAUCUUGGUCGAAUCCAGAAUCUCCCUGGUCGCGCAUACAUGUUGAUUUCGCAGGACCAGUCGAGGGGGUGGAAUUUCUUGUGAUGGUUGACGCGUACAGUAAGUGGCCGGAAGUGAUCCGGAUGCAAACCACGUCCUCAAACAGCACGAUCUCGGAAAUGAGACAUGUAUUCAGUCAGCAUGGCCUACCAAAAACCGUUAUUUCCGACAACGGAUCGCAGUUUACGUCCUAUCAAUUCGCCGAGUUUUGCGCACAAAAUGGAAUCGAGCACGUGAGGACAGCACCAUAUUAUCCACAGUCAAAUGGCCAAGCGGAAAGAUUCGUCGAUACCCUGAAAAGAGCACUUUUGAAGUCAAAAGGCGAGGGAACGUUGGACGAAAGACUGGACCGGUUCCUACUGAAUUAUCGAGUGACUCCCAAUCCCAAUGCACCCGAUGGGAAGUCACCAGCUGAAGUCCUAAUGGGUCGCAGAUUGAGAACUACACUGGAUUUGCUGACACCCAGGCGUCCUCUCCCACAAACAAGGAACUUAGCAAUGGAGCAGCAAUACAACAGGCGGUACGGAGCACGGAGAAGGAUGUUCAGAGUUGGCGAAUUUGUAUCUGCAGCGGCUAUUCAGGGACGGCGGAUCAGCUGGAUACCAGGACGCAUCGUGCGACGUCGGGGACGGGUGAUGUACGAUGUUCAAGUUGGUGCGCAGGUAUGGAGACGUCACGCAAAUCAGCUGAAACUGCGGUGUACACUGGAAGGUGAUGUUCAGAAUGCCGACAGAUUUGAUGUUAAUGAGUUGCUUGACAAUGGCAAACCAAGUGCUUCUUCACGCCGAGAAUUUCAACCAAGGGAAUGCCCGGAACAAGAAGGUCGGAACAGACCCCAACGAACAAGAAAAUUCGCACAGCCGUUUCAAGUGGACCCGCGUCGGAAAAGCUAUGUUCCGUACAGGUAACUAACUUUUUUAAGGAGGGAGAGGUGUAUAGCGGAGGUAAGAAUAUUCCACCACUCUCCGUUGUUUUGUGAGUUUUAUUCCACUCACCCCGUCCUCUUUUACGGUUCCCCACAUACGUUUCUAUUACUUCACUUUUGUGACUAGCUUGGGUUGACACUGAAUCUUAUGCUUAAUGGUUUUUCCCUUACUCUGUACAUUUCGCUCGUUCGUGAGACAUCGUAUCGAUCCUUCGCCCCGGGAAUGACUAGCUUUGAUUGAUCGAUUGUCAGCCUUUCUGCAUAGCCUGUGUACAUGCCCUAAUUUGAAUCAUGUCAUUGAGUUGCACACACAGACGUUUGGUGGCCGGUUGGGCGUGCGGCGUGAACAUUGUUUUUACCCGG